CGCCGCUCGGUGCCACCCGGGCUCGCUGUGUCCCCACACCACGGUGGCACCCAACCAUUUUGUCCCCGUUCCAGAGCAGGAGCAGUCCCUGCUCAGCUCUGCCUGUGACCACUAGAGGUCUUGUGCUUCCCUGCACGAGCUGCUCUCCGCUCCGUGCUGCUGGGCUUUAUUUAUUUAUUCCUACGCGAGCAGAGCCAGCACACCUCUUGCAUACAAAGAGUGAAUUUACAACCCAAAGGAGCUAUCGUACAUUCUUUUGGAGUAACCUUAGUGCUAGUGAGAGCCUUGCCUACUUUUUAAGGCUAAGAAGACUCAUUUUCUGCAGGUAAACCACAAGAUUUCAGGAAAUGCUUUCUGCUCUUCUGCUUUUUCUGGUUAUUCAGCCUGGACCUCUGUCCUGUUUACAGAACUGAGGCAACCCCUUGGACAUGAUCUGCCUUGUGUUUGCAAGAAUGGUAGUAACAGUUAGACAUCAAUAACUUUUCUCACUGAAUCCCUCUGGAUGCUGUAUUUUGCCCUGGUCAUAAGUGGUGACAUUUUCUUUACCUCUUUGGGAAGAUUAGUUUCAACAAAACAUUAAAAAGAUGGCUGAGGAAGAAAAACUGUCUCUAAAGAAAGUAAUUCAGUUCAGUUUUAAUGGAUAUAUUCCAUCAGUACAACUAUGCAUCAGAAAUGAAAAUGCCCCCAGAAGUUAUUAUGCUUGUUUAGACAACAUGCAAAUAAAACACAUGUGACUGGUCCAUCAGGAAAAAAUACAAACUGGAUCCCUAAUGGAGAGCUGCUGUCACAUGAGAGCCUCCAGGAAAGCCAUAGACUCGACCUUACCUUUAAAUUAGCUCACUGCAACAGCCUGCUGCAAUUUUGUAAUACAAAGACCAUGUCAGCUGCAGGUAAAAGGAUUUCUGCAUUCCCAAGCUACAAGAAAUCGUUGCUUAAAUUUUAUAUUUAAUUUAUCUUAGUUUUGGUCUAACUGCAAUUAAAUUUGAAAGAGGAUCCCUAAAGAGAACAUGCCAGUUGAAAACAUACAUAAUAACAAGGAGAAGAAUGAUAAGCUCCAGGAGUAAGGUGUUAAUUUGUAUCUUAGGAACAAUAUUAACAUACAGGUCAGAUGUCAAAUGAAAUGGGUCGCAAAGAAACACGUUACUUACAGACUUUAAACUGUGAUUCAAUGGCCCAGCAGAACAUGAAAAUGCGGCCAGUGCUACUGAAAAGGAACAGUCUGGACUCAGCAGACUUCAUGAGGCCCCCCCAGCACCGCAGGAGCAAAUCCCAGCAGGUCCGCUUCAAGGAGGAUGGUGUCAGCACCAGGGCAGAGCUGGAGGCCAGCCCUGCCCGAGACACUGCACUCACCACUGGCAAAACAGAAAUAUUUAGGGAUCACAAUUUUUUGCUAACUCAGUCUCCAACUUUUCCAAGGGCUCACAAGGGGCUUCGGAAUAUUGCCAUACAAACUUCUCCCAGCCUCAGGAAACAUUUCCCUGUUUUUAAAAGGAAAAAGCUGACAGUAAGCAAAUCACUGACAGAAAUGCCAGCAGAGCCUGCAAACUCUAUCCAGGUAAACGGCAACCUUUGUGAACCAGACAUUCUGUCCUCAGAGCUCUGCUACUUGAGGAUAAGUCAUCACUUGGAAGAUGGAUGCGGGAAUAGUGAGGUGGGCUUGGGUCAAAGGCCAUCAAAAGCACAAAGCAAUGGACCGAGGUUCUCGGGGGAUUUCUCAGUGUCAGACAAGACAACUGCGUCCACACAGGUGCCUGAAUACAUUCACGUGGGUUUCCCACAAGACAGAAACGCUCCCCUGGAUGCACCAGACACAACAACAGCUUCAAGUAAUUCACUGCAUUCUUCUACCGUCACCAACAGCCACGAAAGUCACGCAAACAGCACACUGUCAUCUGAUUCUGACAGGGCAGAGCCUUGCCUGAGCAAUUCUGGGAACUGCAGUGAGUGUAACCCCCACUCUGCUGCUCCUGAGGUGCAGAAAAGCGAUCCUGAGCCGCCUGCAGCCAGCAGAGAUGCCAGCAGUAAGGAAACUACUGCACCGUCACCCCCAUCAAAUCACAGCUCAUCUCCUCGUUUCCUCAGAGACUGUCACCAGGCAGGAGAGCACAAGCCAGGUUCCAGCUGUGUGACAUUCCCAAGUGAUGAUUGCCCCCCGGUGUCACUGCCCAGCAGCAACGCAUCCCAACCAUGUAACACUGAAAUCCAGAACAAUUGCACCCAGUCAGAUGUUUCCCAGUGUAACAGCUGUUCAGAAGGAUUUCACAUAAAGUCUUAUCCGCCAAGGAAUGAAAUAAACCCACAAAGCAACAAAGAGAUUAAUGAAAUAAAUCAAAUUCACUUGGCACAUGGAGAACUCUGUGCCCUACAAGGCAGGCUGCAGUCUGUAGAGGAAUCCUUGCAGUCCAACCAGGAGAAGAUUAAAGUUCUUUUGAAUGUAAUCCAAGACCUGGAAAAAUCCAGAGCCCUCAGUGAAGGGAGAAACUUCUACCACACUGGGCAGGACCUCAACAACUGCAGCACCUGCCAGAACACGGCGUGCAUCAUCUACAGUGUAGAAUAUGACUUCAGACAACAAGAAGGAAGAUUUCAUCAAAUUUUGAAAACACUGGAUGAUGCAGAGCAAAAUCCAGCUUCAGCUUCACCUCAGAAGCCACCACCUGAUCCUCCAGCUCCCGAGAAAAAGGAGUUAAGGAGAAAGACAAAAAAGGUGAAAAGAAAAUGCUUCUGGUGGAUUUGACUUCCUCAUGCAUCCUUUUACAUUUCAAAAGACAUUGAAACAGAAAGAACUUGAGAGCACACACCUGAAAAUGUGCUGUUAUGAAAUCACAAAGGUUAAGAAUGUUUAAUUAGAGUAUCUGAAAAAUCAAAAUAAUUGAAUUUAAUUAAAUUAGCUCACUGAACAAAGGUGCAUGAAGAUACUAUUUUCAAGAAAAGAAAUGGAUUCUUUGAAAAGGAAGUUCUCUUUUUUUUUCCAAGGACACUUUCAUAUGCUUUGUAAAGACCUUUUUUUCAACUUUCCAAAAAGAACAAGGUUCAAAUCUCUACUUUAAAAAGCAAUGGUAGACAAAGCUAAGCAUGCCACACAGCCUUUAUUUUCCAUUUAUAAGCAACAUCAACUAAAAGGAAAAAUCUUCAUCAAGCUUUGAACAAAACAUUAUCAAGAACAAAUUCAGGGAAACCUAAAUUGUUCAAACAAAUCUCUCCUCUAAGGAGACAAUUAUUAUUAUUUCACAUCCUCACUGAAAUAUUUUUGUUGCUGUCAUCUUAUAUUAAACAACAAACAAAAGAAUUCAGGUUAAGUUUUAACUUUGCCCUUUUCUUUGUUUGUUAUAAAAAAACACCUUUUGGAAGUCAUUUAAUGGACUUCUCUGAAAAGAACUGGGGCGUUGUAAAACCAGAGAAUGUCACAGUAACUCUUGUCUUAAAUCCCUGCCCAAGCAAGGUCCAGUUCAGUGAAUUUGAGUUGUGAGUAUCUUCAAGGACAAGAAUCCUCAGCUUCUUGGGGAAGGCUGUUCCAGGUUUUCCUGACACCCAGUCUGAGUUUCCUGCAUUCUGACUGUGCCCAUCACAUCUGGCUCUGUCCAAGUGCACCUGCAAGAAGAGCUACGUGGACAAUGAGACCUCUCUCCUACAUCUUCACUUCUAAAGGACUCAACAAACCCAGUUCUCAUUGCCUCUCAUCUCCCAUGCUGCAGCCACAGCCAUCCUGGUGGCGUGAGUUGAUUUCUUUCAUACACCUGGAAGCCUAAAACUGAACACGACCCCUCAGAGGUCAUCACCCAAUUGCUGGAUAAAGAGGAAUUACUAUUUUGGCUACUGUCUUACUGAAUCAUUUGCCCAUCCAUUUAAGACCUCUAUUGCUGUACCAAAAUAUCCCCAGAUUUAUUUUUUUUUGCCUUAAGAUGUAAAUUAAUAUAUGAUAAAAAAUGGAACAUAAAAUAAUAUUUAGUGAACUGAUCUGUAUUGCACAAAAAAUAUAUAUGCUGAAAAGAUUUUAUCAAUUGUCAAUGCAGCUACUUCUUUCCUCCAAAAAUACUCAAGGUUCCAUUAGCACAGGGUGUGCCAAUGGAACCCAAUUUAUGAUUGGUGAUCCCAUUAUUUUACUCACAAAAACAUGGUCACCUUUCAUAUGGGGGCAGGGGGGAAAAGGUUUCCCAAAGCAAGUCAAGUGGAAUGUACUGCAGACCUUUUCUUAGAAGUAGCCCUGGUUCAGGGUAUUCAUAGAUUAAUCCCUGCAUCUUAUUUUUCUAAGUAAUCCUGUAUUAAUUGUGCAAUGUUAGUUUUAAAUGUCUGUACACUUUUUGUACACUUCUGUGUUCCUUGAAUUCCUAGAGUUAAUUACACAUUUGAAAAUACAUUAAAAAAUUUUUGCACUGAAGAACUUUGUCUGGAAGAACUAAUUUCUUUAUAAAAUAAAUCUUUAAGAAGAAAAUUUGUAAUAGGCCAUGGCUUAAUUUAUCAAAAUUCUAAAGGACUGACACUUAAAAACCAUUUCCAUGUUAAUUUCUGUUAGUACACAAAUGACAGGAACAAAACUGUUGUUAUUGUAGAGGUUUUUCAGAAGGAAAUUAUUUUUUUACUAAUGUCUUUAGAUGCCUUUAGUGAGACAGAAAAGCUCUUGAAUAAUAGGUUGUGGUUAUAAAAAAAGGUAAGAAUUAAAUGACUCCAUCAGAACACAUCACUGUGUUAAACUCAAGUACAUGCACUGCUUGUGCUGCUGUGCCAACAGCAUUCCUUUUUUGCUUUAGUAUUUAUAAUUGAUGCAGUGAAGGAUUUAUUAGUGUAUAAAUUAUUCUUGUGCAUUAAAAUAAUACUUUAAGACCAAUAUCCCCUGUGGUAAAGUAUAAUAAUAAGCAACACCAAGAGCUUUAACACAAGUAAAACCAGCAAGUUUUUUUUCUGUAUUGAACCCAUUUUUAUUAAUUUAUGAUACAAAAGCCAUCCUUUUGCCUUUCUUUUUGUUGACAAGCACAAAAAGUGCUCAUUUGAAGCUAUCUGAUUUGGGUUUGCCCACAUAAUGUAUAUGAUGCUUUCAAUUUAUUUUCAAAAGAUCCAGGUAAUUUAAUUUGAACAAACCACACUCCUUUGACUCACCACAUAGCACCAAUCAAUUCCUGGGGUCAGGAGAAC